AUGACUCGACUGUGGGCGCAUGCGGUAGCCACCAUCUUGCUGGUGGCGGCCGCUCGCGCCUACCUCGUGCUCGUCCCCGACUCCGCCCGGCCCGGACACGUCGUCCUCGACGCAGCUGUCUACAAACUCGGCUCAGAGCGAACCUACACCAUCGACGUCCAUCGAACAGCUAACUUCGUCCAUCACAUCCUCAGGGUCAACAGAACUACCGGUCUAGUCACACUCCGCAAAAGACUGCGUUGCGAUGGCGUUAUGUACCCAAACCUCUUCACCUUCUACGUAGACUCAACGUCAGAGAGAAUCAGAGAUAUAGAUUACUACAGCCUGCCAAUCAGAGUGCUCGUCACUGGAGAGGAUUGCAGUAGAAGACACGCUGAUCUUUACGACAUAGAUUUCGAUAGAGUUUAUGACCAAAGCGACUCAGCUCUACAGUAUGAGGAAGAGCCUAGUAGAGACAAAAGGGAAGCAGUGUUCUCAGAGAGAGAUAAUAUAGACUGGAGGUUGUUGGACGCGGAAGAAUUAGUCUCUAGUCAAUACAGUGUCUUUUCUACCGCAGAUCCAUGGCAACACACUAUCUUUGAAGAUUUUGCAGCGAGAAAUAAAAGUAGGAGGAAAAGAUCUCAUUCUCUAGUACCUUUUGACAUGGCCAUAGAUGUAAAAAUAGCAGAAGCGAAGCAGUGGAUUUCUGAGACAUAUGCAAGUUUUGCCAUCCCUACCACAGAUAGAUGGCAAGGUAUUUGUUUGAAACAGUCACAAUUUGUGAAUUCUCUAACAGCUUUCUUGCCAAGAACAGUUCAGAAGAGUUGCAAAGUGCAGUUUUUGGAUGUCAGUGACCCACGAUUUACAAUAGAAAAUAGUCAGGGCGACUUGGUUGCUAGUGAUGACGUGUGCAUACAAGAACCUAUGUGGAAAGUUUCUAUUCUUUUUACUUUUAAUUGUGACCGGACUAAUAUAAUUGAUUCGGAUCACAGAUUGAAGAUAGUGUAUCACCAUCAAGAGCUGAAUGACACUGAUAUCGCGCGAAGAGUGAAGCGGGAGUUGCGCAAUCAGUCUCCUUACUUCGAGCAGGCUUUGUACAUGGCUUCGGUAGCGGAGGAGCAGCCUCCAGGGGUCGUCGUCACUACUGUAAGAGCACGUGACCCAGAGAACAGUCCAGUGACAUACUCCAUGUCGAGUCUCCUGGACUCCCGGUCUGCGGGCAUGUUCGCCGUGGACUCCCGCACUGGAGUGGUGACCACGCAAGCCCGGCUGGACCGGGAACGGCUGGACGUGCAUUACUUCAGGGUGGUCGCGCAGGAUGACACCUUCCCGCCUAGGAGUGGCACUACGACUUUACAGAUCAACGUGCUAGACUGUAACGACCACUCGCCAGUGUUCGAGAUGCAGCAGUACGAGGCUUCGGUGAGGGAGGGCGCUAGUCCUGGGACCACGGUGCUCACCCUGAAAGCCACGGAUCAAGACAUCGGGAAGAAUGCCGAGGUGGAGUACUCCAUAGAGUCGGUGACAGCUGAAACGCUUUCUGAAAACACCAACGAAGCCAUACAAAGUAGUGGAGAGCAGACAUCAUCAGAUAGUCAGGAUGUGUUCCGAGUAGACGGCAGGAGUGGAGCCUUACUCACCAGGUCAAGCUUGGAUAGAGAGAAGGUCGCAAGAUAUACAGUGAUAGUGAAGGCUACUGACUUGGCCAGCCCUGUAUCAGAUAGGCUUUCAAGCACAACAACAAUCCACGUAAAUGUUUUGGAUGACAACGACAACUACCCUCAGUUCAGUGAGAAGACGUACACGGUGACUGUGGAUGAGGACAUCAGUGUAUCUGAUAAUCCUGUCAUAGCCAGAAUUAAGGCGACAGACGCAGAUAUAGGAUCUAACGCAGCCAUCCGCUACGCCAUCAUAGGAGGCAACACUCAGAUGCAGUUCUCUAUAGACAGUCUUAGUGGGGACGUGUCUCUGGUUAAACCGCUGGAUUACGAGCAAGUCAGGAGCUACAGGCUGGUCAUCAGAGCACAAGACGGAGGCAGCCCAUCUCGCUCCAACACCACUCAACUGCUAGUCAACGUAAAAGAUGUGAACGAUAAUGCUCCAAGAUUCUACACGUCCCUGUUUCAAGAGUCUGUCAGCGAAAAUGUACCCAUUGGGUACAGUAUUGUUAGGGUGCAAGCGUACGACGCCGACGAAGGAGUGAACGCUGAGCUAACUUACACCCUCACGGACAAAGAGUAUGGCGGUAACAGUGACCUGCCCAUCACAAUAGAUCCUAGGUCUGGCUGGGUUUAUACUUCAACACCCUUGGAUAGAGAAGUGCAGUCGAAAUACCAACUUCAGGUGACAGCAACAGACGGCGGCUCUCCACCUCGUUCGGCCACAGCGUCCGUCGUUGUCGUAGUACAAGACGUCAACGACAACGACCCAGUGUUCGCUCCCGGACAGUACGACGUGGAGAUAGCUGAGGACGAGCCGCCCGGUACACCACUUGUCACUGUCACCGCUACUGACGCCGAUGAAGAUAACAGGCUUCAUUACGAGAUUACUGGUGGCAACACUCGCGGCCGUUUCUCCAUUACAUCACAAAAUGGCCGCGGUUUGAUCACGGUGGCUCAACCAUUGGACUUCAAACAAGAAAGACGAUACGUAUUGACGGUCACUGCUACGGAUAGUGGCGGAAGGUCCGAUACGGCGAUGGUGCAUAUCAAUGUUACUGACGCUAAUAACUACGCGCCCGUGUUUGAAAAUGCACCUUAUACUGCUGCGGUGUUCGAAGACGCGCCAAUUGGCACAACCGUCCUAGUUGUAUCAGCUACGGACAGUGACGUCGGAGUGAACGCACAGAUAACGUACAGUCUCAGUUCAGAGAUCUCCAACGAAGCAGUGGCCCAUCAUGACCAGGAGUUUGUCAUCAACCCGCAGACUGGAGCUAUCACUACGAACAAAUUGUUGGAUAGAGAAACUAUGAGUGGUUACCUUCUCACAGUCACAGCCAGAGACGGUGGAGUGCCAGCAUUGUCUGACACUACUGAUGUGGAAAUCUCAGUGGUGGACGUCAACGAUAAUGAACCGGUGUUCAAGCAACAACUGUAUACUGCUACUAUAAUGGAGGAUGCAUUAGUAGGCACAUCAGUUACCCAAGUUAGCGCAACAGACGCAGACGUAGGUCUAAACGGCCGCGUUCACUACGAACUUGAUAGCAAAGACCGAGAAGAAGGCUCUUUCGUCAUUGAUCCCGCCUCUGGAGUCAUCCGGACUAACAAGCCUUUGGAUAGGGAGUCAGUGGCCACACACGAUUUGAAGGCAUUGGCGAUUGAUGGAGGAACGCCACCACAAAGUUCUUCUGUGAUUGUCCACAUCAAAGUGGAAGACAUAAACGACUCGCCGCCAGUAUUUGAGAGCGAUUGUUUAACUUUCUACGUUCCUGAGAACAGUCCUAUCGGUACUACAGUUGGAGAGAUAUAUGCACACGAUCCAGAUGAAGGGGCUAAUGCUGUUGUUCAUUAUUCUAUCAAAGGUGGAGACGACUCCAACAGCUUUUCCCUUGAAACUCGUCAAGGCUCUGACAAGGCAGAACUUGUCACUAUGGUGGACCUAGACUAUGAGAGUCCUAGGAAGAAAUACGAACUGAUCAUACGAGCAGCCAGCCCUCCGCUGUGGAACGAUGUUCGAGUUGAAAUUCUAGUGACAGAUGUGAAUGACAAUGCUCCAAUGAUGAAAGACUUCCAGAUCAUCUUCAAUAAUUAUAAAGACUGCUUUCCAGUGGGACCAUUUGGCAGGGUGCCGGCGUUUGAUGCAGAUGUCACUGAUAAGCUUCAAUAUCGGAUACUCUCUGGGAACAACGCAAACCUCGUUCUACUAAAUGAAACAACAGGCAGCAUGACGCUGUCACCACAAUUAAAUACAAACGUGCCAAAAAUUGCUACAAUGGAGAUAUCAGUUAAUGACGGAGUGAACGAAGUAAAAGCGAUGAUGCAACUAACCGUUCGUCUUAUAACCGAGGAGAUGCUAUUCAACUCAAUCACAGUGAGACUGAACGAUAUGACAGCGGAACAGUUCUUGUCUCCGCUACUGGGCUUCUUCGUGGACGGCUUGGCGGCGAUUAUACCUUGUCCGAAGGAAAACAUCUACGUUUUUAGUGUACAGGAUGACACCGAUGUGACGGGCAACAUUCUAAAUGUGUCUUUCUCCGCAAGACGGCCCGAGGCUGAGAUAGGAGUGGCGGGGGACACAUCGCAGUACUACUCGCCUACCCACUUGAGGGAAAGAGUGUAUUUGCAUCGAGCUACUUUGGCUAGGCUGGCUACUGUACAGGUGUUGCCAUUCGAUGACAAUGUGUGCGUCCACGAGCCCUGCCUUAACUUCGAGGAGUGCCUCACGGUGCUCAAAUUCGGGAACGCGUCAGGUUUCGUCUCUAGCGAUACAGUUUUGUUUCGCCCGAUCUAUCCUGUAACUACGUUCAGCUGCCAGUGUCCACAUGGAUUUACAGGUUCAAGAGAACAUUAUAUGUGCGACACAGAAGUGGACCUGUGCUAUUCUUCGCCGUGCGUCAACAACGGAACUUGCGUACGUCGCGAGGGCGGGUACACCUGCGUCUGCGCAGCGGGAUUUACUGGCGUGAAUUGCGAGACAGUGCUCACCCGUGCGACUUGCGACAUAAAUGGCGACGGGAGUAUUUGUCGCAGUGGUUCUCAAUGUGUGGCGAGAAAGGAAGGCGGUAUACUUUGUCAGGGGUGCACCAUAGACGCCGCCUAUACUACUUCCAUGUGCGAACUGAAGGCCAGGAGCUUUCCAGCAUCUUCUUUCUUGACCUUCCCAGGGUUGAAGAGGAGACAUCGAGUGCAUUUGAAGUUGAAGUUCGCAACCCAAUCAACAUCCGGCCUCCUCCUCUACAAUGGUCGCUACAAUGAACGCCAUGAUUUCGUCGCAUUAGAAAUGAUUUCGACAGGCGCGGGCGCCGUGGGGAGGGCGGGGGUGAGGUUCACAUUCGCCCUCGGAGGAACCAAAACCGAAGUCACGGUGGCUGCUGAUGUAGCUGACGGCAUGUGGCACACGGUUGAAGUGGACUACUUUAAUAGGACUGCGACAAUGGUCCUCGACGACUGCGACAAAGCACUAUCUCUAAAUGGCGCUGCUUCCCUUGGAGCAAAGUACGCAUGCGCUAACUUCACGAGGAAAGUGCUUCCCCCAAGGUGUGAUAUACCCACUGAAACUUGUCACAGAUUUUUGGAUCUCACUGGCCCGUUACAAAUCGGAGGUCUGCCAAAUAUCCCGAGCAGCUUCCAAGUGAAGAACAAGGACUUCGUCGGAUGCAUCUCAGACUUCUACAUUGAUCACAAAUUCGUCGAUCUGAACAGCUUCGUCGCCGACAACGGCACUCUAGCGGGAUGUCCAGAAAAACGUUCUCAAUGCAGCUCCGCGCCCUGCUACAACGGGGCCGAGUGCACCGACCUGUGGGACACCUUCCUCUGCGACUGCCCCGAGGGUCACACGGGCAAGGACUGCGGGGAAUCAACAUCACCACCAUGGCGUUUCAGCGGCGAUGGAAUGUUAUCGUUCAACCCUCUUCUUAGACCCAUACAACUGCCUUGGCUCAACGCUUUCUCACUGCGCACUAGACAACAAGACGCCUUCCUUAUGUCCAUACAAGUAGGACAGAAUAGCAGCAUUCUAAUUAGUUUAAAAUCCGGUCUCCUUCACUACUCCUACAACGGUGAAUCCAUGUUCCUACCAUCGACAAUGCUAUCCGAUGGCAACUGGCAUCGCGUUGAGAUCAAAUGGCUCGGCACCGACAUCUCAGUGACCAUAGACUAUGGAUUAAGGACUGCACUAUUGCCAAUGCUGGCCAAUAAGGUGCAAGGGCAGUAUAUAGGGAAGAUUUUGAUUGGCGGACCGGAUUCUACGGCGGGACUUUUGGCGUCCGAAGUUGGUUAUUUCGAAGGAUGUAUACAGGACGUCCGCGUAGGAACGGCCCAGGCAUUGCUAAGUCGGCCUACCGUCCGGGAAAACGUACGGGAUGGGUGUGCGUCCCGAGCUGAUUGCAUGCUGUCCAUCUGUCCACCUUACAGCAAAUGCGUGUCUUCAUGGGACCACACUUGGUGCGAGUGCGAGCACGGUCGCGUCGGUCCGCAUUGCAUUCCGGCGUGCGAUUUCCACCCGUGCGGGGAAAACGCUAGGUGUAUACCUGAUGACAGUGCGAAGGGUUACAAUUGCCAGUGUGAAGACGGAUACAAUAUGUCGGACGAAGGUUGCGUAAAAGCCGGCAGCGCGGUGUGCCCGGGCGGCUGGUGGGGCGGCGCGGCGUGCGGCCCGUGCGCCUGCGCGCCCGCGCGCGGCUUCCACCCGCACUGCCACCCCGCCACCGGCGCGUGCCGCUGCAAGGAAAACCACUACAAGCCCGAAGGCUCGGAGCUCUGCCUACCAUGUCAGUGCUACGCGGCGGGUUCUCUCAACAGUUCGUGUGAAACAUUCACCGGCCAGUGUCACUGCCGCGACGGCGUUAUAGGGAGGGCUUGUGACGCUUGUGCUAACGCCUAUGCUGAGGUCGCACCUAAUAAUGGAUGCGAGGUGGUCUAUGAUGGAUGUCCUCGAUCGUUUUCUCACGGAGUGUGGUGGCCACGAACUAAAUUUGGUAUAGAAGCUUUCACAGACUGUCCUGCAGGAACCAGUGGCAAGGCUACACGAAUGUGCGACGAAACACAUGUUAUACCCUGGCAGGAACCGGACAUGUUCAAUUGCACCACGUCUACGUUUUAUCAACUUCGUAAACAGCUUAACAAAAUUCAAACUGGUGAAUUAGCUGUCAAUACAUUCGUCGGAGUAAGACUAGCUGAAGACUUAACAUCGGCGUGUUUGAACACACAACACCUAUACGGUUCUGAUAUCCUGGUCGCCGAGGGGAUCCUGAUGGAGUUACUGCAGUAUGAGCUCAAACAGGCUGGUUUGAAUUUAACACAUAGUCAAGAUAAGGAUUAUGUGAAGAAUAUAAUAAAAUCAGCGAAUACGAUUCUAAAUCUUGACUACGAAAAAGAAUGGCGCCGGAUACGUCAGCUAACAGGCCAUGGCAUGGAAGAGCUUUUGCAGAAAUUUGACAAAUACAUAUCGGUACUUGCUGAGAGCCAACAUGACACAUAUACCAGUCCUUUUGAAAUCGUCACCAGUGAUUUAGUCAUCGGAGUGGACAUAGUCACAGCGGAAUCGAUUUACGGUUUCGAGCCCACCCAGCUCAAUCGCUACAACAUCGAGUCUUACACGACAGAACGGGUAAUUCUACCCGACACAUCGGCAUUCCUACACUCGCCCAUACAAACCAGUUACUAUGGCAACGGGAAAAAUAAGAAGAAAGUCUCGAGCCCCACCGUUUCGUUUCCAAAGUAUAACAACUACGUGAAGAAUAAGAACAAGUUCGAUAAGUUCACGAGGAUUUUGCUGCCUUUAGAUCUGUUGGGAAUUGCUAAUAGUAAUUUACAUGAAAAUCUGGAAAUGAACUACGAAUCCCGAGCUGUUUUCUCGUAUCUGCAAUACUCUCGUAACACCUCCCAAUUAAUGCCUUUACGAAUGGACGAGUCAGUCAGUCAGAGAUGGGGAGUCAACAUCACAGUUGGCUCGCCUAUCAUACAGGUGGCGCUGUACGUGCCCGAGUAUGUGUGGAUGAGGGAAUCUCACGACGGGAAAGAGGAUAACUCUUUGGAAAACAAUAUGGACGAUUUGGAAGGAAUAACAUACACAAACAAAGGCCAUCAAAAUCACGUCCCUAAUCACAUCAACACCAACCCACAAACUAAAAAUAUUUGGUCUCAUGAUGAUGAAACGAACCAAGAAAAUCAUGGUCCAAUUUUGAUUCAACCAGCGUACAAAAAACAAGAAAAGAGUUCAUACACUAACGAAAACUUACAAGAAAACGAAGCUUCCUUUGUUGCUGAUAAGAUAGAGCCAGAUGGUCCAAAAGUCAUGGCGUUAUCAAUGAUGCCAGACGAUGGUAAAAACAAAGAUGGCGGCAAUUCCACUAAGGACGUUUUCAAAAAGUUGAUAUAUAAAAGCAUGAGUGGGAUCAGGUUGAAGAGACCCGUAAGGCUACAGUUAUGGCUUGACAUUGAUGUAGAAACGUUUGGCUCAAGAACCAAUCCACAGUGUGUUCAUUGGUCUACGAUAAGAGGAUUUGGCGAAUGGUCCCGAGUGGGUUGUCACACUGAAAUCGACUACGAUUGGUCGCCGUACUCGGGAGAGCCAUUGCUCAUCAACUGCACUUGCAACCAUUUGUCUACCUUCGCUGUUCUUGUUGAUGAAGUCGAUAUUGAGUUCAUCCCCGAGCCGUCUCUCCUGGAAUCCGUGACGUCAUACACCGCCUUCAGUCUCUCCUUGCCACUUCUGUUCGUAACAUGGGCCGCUCUGUGCCUCAUGCGCGGUGGAGCGGCGACGGUGUCGAACUCCAUACAUAAACACCUCAUCUUCUCCAUUUUUAUGGCUGAACUGCUGUUUCUCAUCGCUUUGAAGGCUAGAUCGUCACUUGUGCAAAAUGAGUUCGCGUGUAAACUAAUAGCCAUGGGCCUACACUACUGGUGGGUGGCCGCUCUUGGUUGGAGCGCGUGCGACGCUUGGCAACUGCGGCGGCUGCUCCGGGAACUCCGAGACGUGAACCAUGGACCUUUGGCUGCCCAGUUAGCUGUGGGGUACGCGGCCCCAGCUGUGGUCUUGGCUUUGGCGGCCAGCCAUCAUCAACACCAAUAUGGAAACGCGCUAUUUUGCUGGGUGAGCUGCCACGAGCCGGUGGUGUGGUGGGUGGUGGUGCCCGCGGCGGCGAGCGCGGCGGCCGCGCUGGCCAGCCUGGCGGGCGCCGCCGGGGCCGCCUUCACGGUGCGCGACCACGUCACUGGCUUUGGGAACUUGAGAAUGCUGUUAGCCGUCAGCAUCGUUUGUUUACCACUAGUCUGUGCCGCGUGGGCCAGUGCUUUGCUCCUUGGCAGCGAGACCGGCGCCCGGCGGGACGUGCUGAGCUCUGUGCUGGCCGCGGCCGUAGCUUUGCACGCCGCGGCCGCCGCACUUGGCUACAUAGCCUUCAAUAUAAGAGUCAGGGACAACCUUAGGCGAACAAUCCUCCGAUGCCUUGGAAAGAAAGUCCCGCUAGCAGAUACUUCCAUUAUAGUCAGUAGCAGUGCCCAAAAUCUAUCUCAGAUCAACAGAUCGGCACUGGCGUACCACAGCAGCACAGAGCCAGGAAGACAGCUCCGUAACAUCGGGAUUUCAGCUUCGUCGACCACGUCCCGUUCCACUACCAAGACCAGUUCGAGCCCAUACAGUCGCAGCGACGGUCAACUUCGCCACACAAGCACAUCGACGUCUAACUACAACACCAGCGCUAGCGAUAUGCCCGCCUAUCUCAGAGGAUUCGACUCCUCUCUGCACUCUCGGAAAGACGAUGAACGUCGCCGUCGAAAAGCAGCAAGGGAAGAAACUGCGGGCGGGACAGAAGAAGCGACUGAGGGGACCGACAGCGACAGCUCCCACAGCGCCCGCAGCCUCGAGCUGGCGUCCUCGCACUCCUCGGACGACGACGAGACCAGCACAAGGCGGUCACGAUCUACUCACCCGCCCUCAGCUACCAGGGAACAUGUCUCAAGCAGCGCGGGCGGGUUCCUGCCGAACAUCACAGAGGGCGCGCCGCUCUCCACGUCGCGGUGGCCGCCGCACAUCAGAGAAGAAUCGAACCACCCAGAAAUGGGUCGAUGGUCUCAAGAGACCGGCUCGGACACGGAGGGGUUGAACCCCAAUAUGGCGUCGCCGUCCCCCAACCCGCUGCCCAACCCCGACUUGACUUCCGACGUGUACCAUCUAAGGCACAGGAUGAAACCCUCUCUACUGGAGAAUGUACAUGACACGUAUGUCGCAAGUGUGGACGCCUCCAGACUCCCGUUGGAUAAUAGAUACGGCGUAAUGGAAGACGAGCUCAUGUACGGCGUUCUACCCAACGACGCCGAGAAACAAGUGCCCUACGACCCCAACUACCCCAUUUCCCCCACCAUGUACCGACUGCCAACCCAUCCGUACGGCUCCAAGACUUAUCUUCCUUCCAGAACCUCAGACUACGGCUACAGCCCCACCAAAUACCUCAGCCCCGAUUCAAACAUCUACGGCUCCAGAGAUUUCACUAAUGUGACAACUAGGGAACACGAGGGAUACCCCUCGAGGGAUUUCAGGGAUUCCGGUAUUGCCACGAUGCUGAAGAAUGACUAUCAGAGGAAGAUGGAGUGCCACUAUGGAGCGGAUUACGCAGAGAGGAUGUCGGAGGGCUCGGACAAACACCACCCCCACGAUAAAUAUCUGUUCCCUUAUACAGCCGAAGAAGACCACGCCACUUUACGCGCAGGUACCCAUUCACCGCAGACGUUAAGUAGUGACCUGGCACACUCAGGUGAUUCUCAACAGCAAAUGGGGGCGCCACUAGCUAGUAUGGGAGAAACAAGCGAGAAAUCUACUACUGAAGAUGAUGCAGAAACCAGAGUGUAGCUCAAGAAUAGUACAAGAUUUCCUAUGAUUCUCAAUAGAUGUUAAUUUUAUUUUAACUGUAUUUAGUAUUCUAAUAAUUAGUAUUAAUUUUGCAAAGACUGUUGUAUACAAUCAGUACCCACUGCCAUAAUGUAGUAAACUAUUUAUUUUGAUUUGCCUAUGGUUUAAUAAGGGGAAAAAGUGGUUUAAUUGCUGAAGAAAUUAGUAAAUAAUACUCAAUAUAUUUAGAAGGAAAUUAUUUUAAAUGUAUAGUAUACUUACUAAACCUCAACAUCUAAUUAUGAAUUUCACGUUGCGCCAUCUUCCUGAUCAUCUGAGAACUAGAUAAUUUAGGUCACAUUUUUUCAACCAUAUUAAAAAUAAAUUGUUUCAGGACGUGAAACGUAGGAGAACUCGCUGCUUUUCACACAAUAACAUUAAAUUUUACACCUCUUGUAUUACAUAAUCAUGACAAUUGUGAUAAAAAUAUCUUACAAACGAUAACACGUACUUCAGUCGGUCUCAUGACAAGACCACUAAAUACAAUGACAUUGGUGUGAUAGUGUAGUCACCGCACGUGACUAUUUACAUACAUACUUAUGCCUUUUUUUUCUGUACAAAACUAUAGAUUUAAUUAGAAAACAAAUAGAACAAAAUACUGUUUGCAUAGUGUAGUGUAAUUAUCUACCGAAUAGAUAUUACAAUACCGGGAAUAGUGCAAAACUUAAAUUUUUUUGUAGGUAGGUAGUUGUAUAAUUUUGAAAUAUUAGGCAUGGCAUCCAAAGUCACCCUGUAAAUAAUAGAGUACCUAAGAUAAAUAAAUCAAAAGGUCGAUUUGAAAUCAAAUUAAAUAAAUUGGCAUAUUGUUUGUGAAUAAAAUUGGACAUUUAGUAUUUCGUAGAUAUUUGAGAUUCUCUGCCGAAAACGCUUUAUUAAGUUAUGUAUGUUUCGGAUAGACAUUCAUUGGUCUAUUUUAUAUAUAAAACACCAAAACUUCUACUUAUUAUUAUGACCUGUAUCGUUAAUAUAAGAAUUUGUUGCUCAUUGAUAUGAUUUCUCUAUAAUGGUAGUUAGAAAUCAAAAUUAUGUAAGAACUAAAACAACAAAAUAAACGAAUGUCAUAAAGUCAUUUACAAAUUUCAUAUUUGAAAACAUCGCCUUUUAGAUUUAAGUUUGUAUAGUGAUAUACAUAAUUUCAAUGGGAUUGAUAUUUUGAAACAGUAAAGUAAAAUAAAGUAAUGCAUUUCUAUGUGUAUAUAUGAAGUGUUGUGUGCGUUUGAGCAAUUUAACGAAGAGUCCACCUAUUUUGUAUGUAAAUAAUAGAUUUUUACACUUCGUAGCGGUUAACUAAGUAGACAAUGUAAGGAAAAGCUUUAUUUAGAUAACUAUAGAUUCGAUUGCCAUAAUAAUUGUUUAAUGAGUUUUGUAUUAUGCAUGUGUCGUGUGGUUUUGAGAUAACAGGAUGUGUUUGUUAUUUAUUUUUUGAUAAAGAUGGUCAGAGAAUACGAAGUAACAUAAUUAAUUCCUUCUCUCUAUACAGUACUUGAUCAAAACACCAUAUUGAAGUGAAAAAAUAUAAAAUAAA